CGUCUGUUGUUUCCUUACUUCCUCUCGUUAUCGUUCACCUUGGAGUACGCGUGGUGCUUGGAAGAGCAACGAGGGCCAGAUAGGAAUACCGGAGCUUAUCGAUGCGCACGCAGGGAUACCAGCCAAUCACAGAUCACCAUGUUGGACCAGGAGAGUGAGGAACUUAGCCCGUUCGUGAUCCCACAGGAGGAUGUCGAAGUACUCAAUGCCUCUGAGGGCUUUUGCAUAUUGAGGAACUACCUCGCAAGGGAUAUCAGCUUCUGUGCACAGCACGAUGAAUGCGAUACACAGACCAAAGAAACAUGGAUUCUGCACCGCGACCUGCUGCAUGCGCUGGUGAUGCCGGUGCUUGAGCUGUUCAACCGAGCUUCGGCACUUGCUGAGGCUGCGUUGUGUACCCACAAAAGCGAAGAUCUUGAGUUAGCGUUUGCUGGGGAGGCACGUGGAGCAUUCCUAUGUCUGCAAUGCUUUGUCGAUGAGGAGGAGGACUGGUGCAGGACACGGGGGUGUCCGGCUUGUAUCACAUCUACAACCCUCAGCACAGAAUCCCACCUGCGCCUCACAAUCGCCGCAUCCCUCCUCUCCACAUCAUCUGUCGCUACACUAGCCACAUCGCCGUCAACUUCCGAAGAGCCAUCGACAUCUCGCGCCCUUCCUCCACUACCACACAUCCUCCCCGCCCUCCGCGAUGCCCUUUCCUCAGACCCCUUCUGGGGCCCUGACCACUGGCCAUAUCUUCUCUCACGGGCCACCCAACUAUCCACCGGCAUCCAAGCCCUGAUCGCUGAAUGCGUAAAUCUCGAGUCUCUCGUCUCAUCACCUGUCGCUGACCGCACCGCCUUCAUCGGAGGGAAGCGCAGUUUCACGACACCUGGACUGCAGUACAUGACCGCCCAGGGCGAGAAGAAGGGCGUCAAGCUCAGGAAGAGCAAGCUUGCCAAGAGGCAGCUGAGGUUGGAGAGGGAGGAGAUUGAGCUCAUGAGGAGGGUGGCGAUGCAGUGCUGGGCUAAGGCAAAGCUGCCCAAGGGUGUUAGGAGCGAGAUGCUGGGACAGAGUGGGGAGGAUAGCCGGAGAAGGAGGAGUCUAACUUGUCCAUAGAUAUUAGGUACGGGUAAGGGGUUUGGAGUCCAUAUGGGUAUGGCGUUUUGGGUUUGGGCUGCAUGAGAUACCACAGCAUUGCUUGCUUUGGAGAGACACUUGGGAUUCGAUUUUGUCUAAGUGGACAGUUCUUCACAUUCUUUUUAAUGUCACUGCAUUGGAAGAUUUGAGAUCUUGGAAUUCAGUUGAAG